AUCUCCGCGUUUUGAAGCUCGGGGUCUAGCUCGAGAGUUGAUGGAGUAUUUCUCGAGUGUGGUUUUCUUGGUUUACUUAUUUAUUAUUUCGUUGUCCAUUAUUUCAUUAUUUCAUCGUCCAUUAUUUCAUUUUCUGAUUUAUUGAUAAUACAACAAUACAUUACUCACUUCCUCACUCACUCACCAGAAUAUCAAAAUUAUAAUCAAAAUUAAAAUCAAAUAUCGCAUCGCAUUGCAUCACCAUGACGUCGAUGCAGAUGCAGAAACCCGAGAUAAUUAUCUUUCAUUAUCGAUUUUCGCCUUUUGCUAAGAGAAUAACAUGGUACCUCACUCUCCGCGGAAUCCCCUACUCCGAAUGUCUCCAACCCCCCACCAUGCCACGCCCCGAUGUCGAAGCACUCGGGACCCAAUAUCGACGUAUCCCUAUCGUAUGCAUCGGUCGAGACAUCUACCACGACACGCGAUUGAUCCUGCGCAAAUUAGAGGAAUUGUAUCCGUCUCAUCCGAAAAUCUCAGGACAGAUGGGGAUGGAGAAGUUAUUGGAGAUGUGGACGGUUGAUGGGCUGUUUUUGCGCGCGGCGCAGUUGUUACCGUUGGAUUUGCCGUUGUUGGGGGAUCGGAAGUUUACGCGAGAUCGGGAGGAUUACACGGGGAAGAGUUGGGAGAGGGGGAGUUUGGAGAAGGGGAGACCCGAAGCGUUGGCCGCGUUUAAGGGGGCGUUUGAGUUGUUGGAGAAUGGGUUUUUGGGGGAUGGGAGGGAGUGGAUUUUGGAGAGUGAGGGGCCGAUGUUGGCGGAUAUUGAAGCGGUUUGGCCAUUCCAUUGGUUGACCACCUUACCCGGUGCCUUACCCGCAUCCUACAUCUCCGCGCAACACUUCCCCAAAACCUACGCAUGGAUCGGGCGAUUCGAGCAAGCGGUGCGACUCGCCGCGAAGAAGAACCCCAAACCCACUGUUCUCUCAGGAGCAGAAGUACUUGAGAAAGUCGCGGCGUCUGAUUUCGUAGAGGGAGAUGAAGGUGUUGAUGCGCUUGAUCCGACGGGAUUGCAAAGGGGACAGGAGGUGGAAGUUUGGCCCAUUGAUACGGGUAUGAAGAGGAGGGAUAGGGGGUUUUUGGUGGGGCUGUCGACGAGGGAGAUUGUGGUUGAGUCGGUGAUGAGGGGGGGGACGAGGGUCAGGAUUCAUACUCCGAGAUAUGGGUUUAGGAUUCGGGGGGUAGGAAGGGGAGCGAGACUUUGAGGUCGCUUGUUUUUGCCUCGCUUCGGGAGGUGAACUCGGACUUAGAGAUGGGCAAUAGAAUGUAUAGUGAUGUGGGGAGGAGAGGUGUAGAAUUACCUAAUUCGUACAUACAUACCAUGAUGUAUCGUGUUAUUGGUGAGUUGUGAAGAAAUCCAUGAUGUAUGUAGUAUACACUAUCAAAAAUAGUCGUCUACCUACCAUAUACCUAGUACAUAUCUGCAUCUGGUCCUGAAAAUCCUCAAGUCCAACCCAAAUCCCCAUCUCUAAAUCUCCAAACAUUAUUUAGUUAUCAAGUAAUAAACAACCUUACUCUUCACGCUAACCUACCUACACACAUACCAAAAAGGAAGGUGGAAUUAUUAAUAUGAAUAAUGCUGGUAAGCCGAGAAGAGAAGAGAAGAGAAAAUCUAAAAUUCAAUAGGUACGUGAUUUGCAGAUCGAUGAUACAAAAUGCUUGAUUGAUGACUAGAUAGAUACCGGUCGAUGGAUGGAUGGAAGGUCUAUUUUAGUACGGAAUAGCGAUGUUUUUUCUUGAUGGAUUGGAUUGGAUUUGCGAAAGUGAUUGAUUGAUUGGGGAUCGGAGGUAAUUGUGAUGUGGGGAGGAAGAGAUAAAUAUUUUGAGUGUAGAUAGAAUACUGGUGGACUCAGUUGUACAGUAUGAAGGAUAUUUCGAAGGAUGAGGCACGUGAUGCAGAUAGAGAUAAGUACUUGGCACGUGUCUGGGUAGAUGUUGUAUGAAAUGGGUUACCGUAAUGAGGAGGAGAGGAAUGAAAUUACUAGGUACGUAUACUUUGUUUGUACUUUGCCACAGUUUUGUUGCCGAGGAAGAAGAAGAAGGAUGAGGGUGUGGUUUAUGAAGCAGGGAGAAGAAAGGAGAUUGGUGCGAUUAGCUAGGGAUAUGGAUAUGGAGUAUGAAGGAUCUAGCUGGACUUCUUUCUUAUCUAGGGAGGUGGAUUGGAUAGGAUAGGAUGGUGAGAUGGGAUGGUGAGAUGGGAUGGUGAGAUGGGAUGGUGAGAUGGGAUGGGGA